AUGGUUAGUCGUAAUUUUAAUCUAUUUUGCUCUAUUUUACUCCUCAAAACUGUUGUAAUCAUAUCUAUUGUUUAUGUUCUGUUUAAUUAUUCCUACGACCGCGAUAAGAGAGAUCUCUCCAUUGAUCCAAAGGCAACACGUUUGUCGAAUUGGACGCGAAGUCAUCUGACUCAUCUUGGAAGAUACUGGAAACGCUUAACAAGAAAAAACCGGACGGAAACGCUCGAGAAAGGUUUUACAAUGAAACAUGUUGUAAACCAUACAAAACACGAAUCGUUUAAAAAGAUAAAGAAGACACAUAAAAGGAAAGAAGGAAGAAAAGAAGUUUUAAUUUUUGUUGGUAUCAUCAGCGCACCACAGUUGAUAUUUCGACGAAAUGCGGUGAGGAGAAGUUGGUUGAAACAGUGUAAGAAGAAGGGGAUACCUUGCUUGUUUUUCUCCGAUUAUCAGGACAUGCAUGGAAAUAAACUACCAGAGCAUAUCUACGUGCCGUUGCACCAGGAACAAUUGCUCCACGGCGAUAUGAUCCUAGCACAAAGUCCCGGGGGCAUUAACUUCGCACGACGAUAUCUAUGGAUAUUAAACUGGGCGAACGUGCGGUAUAAGUUUAAAUAUUUCCUGCGCGUCGAUGAUGAUUACUUUAUUUGCGUGGAUAGACUUUUGCUCGAGUUGCCGUAUCGGCCGAAGAAGAAAUUGUACUGGGGUCAUGUUCAUUGUAGUCCACCAGGUGGCAUCCGAGUGGACGAGGGCUUUGUGAUAGUAAGCAAUGAUCUUGCACAGCGGUUUCUACGUGAAGAAAACAAGACACUCAUGUGCCACCCAUACGGUGAUCAGGCGAUGUCCAUGUGGAUAAACAACAUUCCGGGGGUGACAUACUUCGGAGACCGUAGGGUACAUCAUGACCUUGCUGCGGAGGACAAAAUGCUAAAGUACUACCAAGAUAUUUGCAGUAAUUUUCUGGCCCUACACGGUAGUUAUCCGCUAGAGAUUGAAAUGUUUUGGCUAAAUUAUUUGAACAACGGGUCGAAGAAGAAGUAUAGUAUACCUCCUAUAACGUAUCCAUGUGGUAAUAUGGACAAAACUUUUAACUACAUGAGUUUCGCAGGCAUGUACAACGCUAAACCAAAACCAUGCAGGAACAACCCUACGUGGAAAAUAGCCGGGUUUUAUAGCGGUAGAAGUGGAUAAUAGAGGAAUAG